AUGCAAGAUCAUUACAAAACAUCACGGAUGUCUAAUGUAAAUAGUUCUCAAAAUGAGAUUAUUAAUAAUACUAUUAGUAAUGGAACAACCGUUGGCAUGGGUCGAUCAGUUAGUAGUGCUCGUUUCCAAAUAGCUAAAGUAUCUAAUAAUGAUACAAAUACAGAAAGUUCAUUGGAUAAAACAAUUAGUAUUCCACAUAGUUUAUCAUCAAUUGUUCAACGUCCAUCAAUUCCCAAUGUUAACAAAGUAAAAAUUUUAAUUGGAGAUGAUGACAGUGAAUAUAGUAGUAUGGCAUCUGGUUUCGGACGAACAAUAGAUAUCAAUGCUAAUUGUACAUCAAUAGAUGAUAAAAAUAAUGAAAUAUGUUCAUAUGAUACAAUUGAUACAUUACCACAUAUAGAUCAUUAUAGAAAUUUAUUUUCAAUAACAUCGCCUGAAUCUAGAAUACGGCCAACACUUGAAGAAUUACAUGAAACAAAUAGUAUAGUAACAAGACUUCGAUUAGGAUCAACAAUUGAUUUAAAUAGUGAUAUGAUAAAUACAUUUGCAUUGCAAACCGAACAAUUAUCACAAAUUGAAAUAAAAUCAAAAGUCGAAAUUGUGAAAUUUGGAUGGAUUAUUGGUGUAUUUAUUCGAUGUGUAUUAAAUAUAUUUGGUGUUAUGCUUUUUCUUCGUUUAUCAUGGGUCACUGGUCAAGCUGGUAUUGGUUUAGCAAGUGUAAUUGUUAUUAUUUCAACAGCAGUAACUGUUUUAACAGGUUUAUCAAUGAGUGCUAUUUGUACUAAUGGAGAAGUUAAAGGUGGUGGAACAUAUUAUUUAAUAUCACGUAGUCUCGGUCCAGAAUUUGGUGGUGCUAUUGGUUUAAUAUUUUCAUUUGCUAGUAAGAAUUAUUUAUGA